AUGGCGGCCAGGGCGGGGUCUGGCUGGGAGACGCCGGCCUGGCGGUCUUCAGAAUAAGCAGUCAUGUGACUCGGAAGAUGGCCGUCUUUCCUUGGCAUUCCAGGAAUAGGAACUACAAAGCUGAGUUUGCAUCAUGCCGCCUAGAGGCUGUGCCACUGGAGUUCGGGGACUAUCACCCUCUGAAACCUAUAACUGUCACAGAAUCAAAGACAAAGAAAGUGAACCGGAAAGGAAGCACUUCUUCCACGUCCUCCUCUUCCUCCAGCUCCGUGGUGGACCCGCUGAGCAGCGUGCUCGAUGGGACUGACCCCCUGUCCAUGUUCGCAGCCUCUGCCGACCCUGCAGCCUUGGCAGCAGCCACGGACAGCUCCAGAAAGAAACGUGAUAAAGAUGAUAACUCCAUUGUUGGAUCAGAUUUUGAGCCUUGGGCCAGCAAACGGGGAGAAAUCCUUGCCCGUUACACAACUACAGAAAAGCUAUCUAUUAAUCUGUUUAUGGGAUCUGAAAAAGGCAAACCUGGGACUGCUACAUCUGCGAUGUCAGAGAAGGUUCGGACCCGACUGGAGGAGCUGGAUGACUUUGAGGAGGGUUCCCAAAAGGAGCUAUUGAAUUUGACUCAACAGGAUUAUGUGAAUCGCAUAGAGGAGCUCAACCAAUCACUGAAGGAUGCUUGGGCCUCAGACCAGAAAGUGAAGGCUCUAAAAAUAGUCAUCCAGUGUUCCAAGCUUCUUUCAGACACCAGCGUCAUUCAGUUCUACCCGAGCAAAUUUGUCCUUAUCACUGACAUACUUGAUACAUUUGGAAAGCUCGUGUAUGAACGCAUCUUUUCCAUGUGUGUGGAUAACCGCAGUGUCUUACCAGAUCACUUUUCUCCAGAGAAUACAAAUGACACAGCCAAGGAAACAUGUCUAAAUUGGUUUUUCAAGAUUGCUUCCAUCAGGGAACUCAUUCCAAGAUUUUACGUGGAAGCAUCCAUCCUGAAGUGUAACAAGUUCCUCUCUAAAACGGGAAUUUCCGAGUGCCUGCCUCGAUUAACAUGCAUGAUCAGAGGGAUUGGAGACCCCCUGGUGUCAGUGUACGCCCGAGCCUACCUGUGCCGGGUGGGAAUGGAAGUGGCUCCACAUCUCAAAGAAAGCCUAAAUAGGAACUUUUUUGACUUCCUCCUUACAUUGAAACAGAUUCAUGGGGACACCGUCCAGAACCAGCUGGUGGUCCAGGGAGUGGAUCUCCCAUCCUACCUGCCCUUGUACUCCCCGGCCAUGGACUGGAUCUUCCAGUGUAUCUCCUACCACGCCCCUGAGGCUCUGCUGACUGAGAUGAUGGAGAGAUGUAAGAAACUAGGAAACAAUGCCUUGCUGUUGAAUUCCGUCAUGUCAGCCUUCUGUGCGGAGUUCAUUGCCACAAGGUCCAUGGAUUUCAUUGGGAUGAUCAAAGAGUGCGAUGAGUCUGGUUUCCCCAAGCAUCUCCUUUUUCGGUCCCUGGGGUUAAACUUGGCCUUAGCUGAUCCUCUGGAGAGUGAUCGGCUUCAGAUUCUCAAUGAAGCUUGGAAAGUUAUCACUAAAUUGAAGAAUCCACAGGACUACAUUAAUUGUGCUGAAGUGUGGGUGGAAUACACCUGCAAGCAUUUCACAAAACGAGAGGUGAAUACGGUUUUGGCUGAUGUCAUCAAGCACAUGACUCCAGAUAGAGCAUUUGAAGAUUCCUACCCUCAGCUUCAGUUAAUAAUUAAGAAAGUUAUUGCCCACUUCCAUGACUUCUCAGUUCUUUUCUCAGUGGAAAAAUUUCUGCCAUUUCUGGACAUGUUCCAAAAGGAGAGCGUGCGGGUGGAGGUUUGCAAAUGCAUCAUGGAAGCCUUUAUCAAGCAUCAGCAGGAGCCCACCAAGGACCCCGUCAUUUUGAAUGCCCUUUUGCACGUUUGCAAGACCAUGCAUGACUCUGUGAAUGCACUCACUCUUGAAGAUGAGAAAAGAAUGCUGGCAUAUUUGAUAAAUGGAUUUAUAAAAAUGGUUUCCUUUGGCCGUGAUUUUGAACAACAGCUAAGUUUUUAUGUGGAGUCCAGGUCAAUGUUUUGCAAUCUGGAACCUGUUCUUGUGCAGUUGAUUCACAGUGUGAACCGCUUGGCAAUGGAAACGAGAAAAGUGAUGAAAGGAAAUCAUUCCAGAAAGACAGCUGCAUUCGUCCGGGCCUGUGUUGCCUACUGCUUCAUCACCAUCCCCUCCCUGGUGGGGAUCUUCACACGUCUCAAUCUCUACCUGCAUUCUGGUCAGGUGGCCCUGGCCAACCAGUGUCUCUCCCAAGCUGAUGCUUUUUUCAAGGCCGCGAUAAGCCUCGUUCCAGAAGUUCCAAAGACGAUUAAUAUCGAUGGAAAGAUGCGGCCAUCAGAAUCAUUCCUCACGGAAUUCCUCUGCAAUUUCUUUUCUACUUUAUUAAUAGUUCCGGAUCAUCCUGAACACGGGGUCCUGUUUCUGGUUCGAGAGCUUCUUAAUGUGAUCCAAGACUACACCUGGGAGGACAGCAGCGACGAUAAGACCCGCAUCUACACCUGCGUCCUGCACCUCCUCGCUGCCAUGAGCCAGGAGACCUAUCUCUACCACAUAGACAAAGUUGACUCCAAUGACAACCUCUAUGGGGGAGAUUCCAAGUUUCUGGCAGAAAACAACAAGCUGUGCGAGACGGUGAUGGCUCAGAUCUUGGAGCACCUGAAAACCCUGGCGAAGGAUGAGGCCUUGAAGCGCCAGAGCUUGUUGGGACUUUCCUUCUUUAACAGCAUCUUGGCCCAUGGGGACCUGCGUAACAACAGACUUAACCAGCUCUCUGUCAAUCUGUGGCACCUGGCACAGAGGCAUGGCUGUGCAGACACCAGGACCAUGGUGAAAACACUGGAAUACAUCAAGAAACGAAGCAAACAACCAGACAUGAAUCAUUUAAGCGAGCUGGCCCUCAGACUGCCUCUGCAAACAAGGACCUGACCCCUGGGCUCAUCCUCAGGCUCAGGAACUUUCAUUGCCAAGUCUAGAAAGUCGUUUGCUGCCCCAAACUCUCAUUGGAAUUUAGGUUUUUUGUUUUCUUUUUUUUUUAUUGUUGGGGAUUCAUUGAGGGUACAAUAAGCCAGGUUACACUGAUUGCAAUUGUUAGGUAAAGUCCCUCUUGCAAUCAUGUCUUGCCUCCAUAAAGUGUAACAUACCCCAAGGCCCCACCCACCUCCCUCCUUCCCUCUUUCUGUUUCCCCCCCAUAACCAUAAUUGUCAUUAAUUGUCCUCAUAUCAAAAUUGAGUACAUAGGAUUUUGUUUUCAUUUUUACAUAUAUACAAAUUGGUUUAAUCUUUGGCCUCUACCCAGGUUCUUCUGACAAUGCAGAAGUGGGAAUUGUCAGAGCAUUAAAAUCAAAUCGUCUUCAUCCAGAAGCAGCAUUUUACUGUUUGUUUGCACAAGUGCCCUUCAGGUUCUUAGUAAGCACCAAGGGCAGGAGCCAAUGGGCCUUUAGUGAGAAAGAAAAGAGGGCAGUAACAUCUUUCUUUUCUGGGAGAUGUUUAUGUUUUAUUUCUUAGAAAAAGGACUUAGAAAGAAGUCCACUUUUAAAGUGCCAUUGUUCUUAGACACAUUCUAGACUUUGUACCCUAAAGUUAGAAAGCACUCGAAGUCUGGAAUUCAGUGCUACUUACACCUCCUAGAGGGAUUUAUACAAGGCAGAUUUAUCACUUAACUCCUUUUCCUAUCAAAGGCACCUCUUGAUUGGUCCUAGAAUACGUCAAAUCUGAGAUCCACUGUGGCUUCAGUAUACUUUACACUGUAUAUGUGAAUAAAUGUCCUGAAGGAACAUUUAUGUUUAUGACUAUUUUUGACUCUUUCUCCAAGAGAGAAUGCAUCUAAAUAUAUUAGCCUGGUUGGCUUUGCAGCCGUAACUCUAACAGCAUGUGAUCCUGUCUACUGUUCUAUUACCAGUUUGGUGAAACCUGAUUCUUAUAUUACUGCUGGUUGAGCUUCUGCCUACACUUCAUUUUGAAUCAGUAAGAGCAUUAAUACUGAUUGGUAAUUGACAACCCAUGGAAAAGCGUCCAAGUUGUGGAUAAAUAAUAGUACCUGACCUAUUGGGCUUGUGAAAGAUAUACACUGGACAUAGAUUAUAUUUCUUCUUUACUCUGUGCAAUACAGGAUUACAGGUAACACAUGGCGAACCUCAGAAAAUUAAAAGUGAUUUUUUAAAAAUAAAUUCACCAUUUUAGGACCAGUAUUAUUGCUUUGGAUUUUCUAGCCAACUUGAUGGCAAACACCCCACUUCUGCCCCCUAGGAAUUCUGUUGAGA